UAUUCUGCUUCCUGUUUGUGCAACAUCAUCUCCGUCAGCCUGCAGCUGCUGCAGGUAGGUCUCCUGCGGGAAGAUGGCGACGGAUAAACAGAAACAUGAAGGAAGGGUGAAGAUUGGACACUACAUUCUCGGGGACACGCUUGGGGUAGGAACGUUUGGCAAAGUUAAAGUUGGACAGCAUGAACUAACGAAGCACCAAGUAGCAGUGAAGAUCCUGAACAGACAGAAGAUCCGUAGCCUGGAUGUCGUGGGAAAGAUCCGCAGGGAGAUUCAGAAUCUCAAGCUCUUCAGGCAUCCUCAUAUAAUUAAGCUGUAUCAGGUGAUCAGCACACCAACAGAUAUCUUCAUGGUGAUGGAAUAUGUGUCUGGUGGAGAGCUUUUUGACUAUAUCUGUAAAAAUGGGAAGCUGGAUGAGAAGGAGAGCAGGCGUCUGUUCCAGCAGAUCAUCUCCGCGGUGGACUACUGCCACCGGCACAUGGUGGUGCACAGAGACCUCAAGCCCGAGAACGUGCUGCUGGACGCGCACAUGAACGCCAAGAUCGCUGACUUUGGUCUGUCAAACAUGAUGUCAGACGGGGAAUUUUUGCGAACAAGUUGCGGCUCUCCGAAUUAUGCUGCCCCUGAAGUCAUUUCAGGAAGGUUGUACGCUGGUCCAGAGGUGGAUAUCUGGAGCAGCGGCGUAAUUCUGUAUGCCUUGCUGUGCGGGACUCUCCCGUUCGAUGACGACCACGUGCCAACGUUGUUCAAGAAGAUCUGCGACGGCAUUUUCUUCACGCCACAGUACCUGAACCCCACGGCGAUCAGCCUCCUGAAACACAUGCUGCAGGUGGACCCCAUGAAGAGAGCCACCAUUAAGGAAAUCAAAGAGGACGACUGGUUCAAAGAAGACCUUCCCAAGUACCUGUUCCCUGAAGACCCCUCAUACAGCAACACUAUGAUCGACGACGAUGCCCUGAAGGAGGUGUGCGAGAAGUUUGAGUGCCCCGAGGAAGAGGUCCUGAACUGCCUGUACAGCCGGAACCACCAGGACCCGCUGGCGGUGGCCUACCACCUGAUCAUCGACAACCGUCGCAUCAUGGACGAGGCCAAGGACUUCUACCUGGCCAGCAGCCCGCCCGAGUCCUUCCUGGACGAGCAGCAGCUGGCGGCCGCCAAACCGCACCCCGAGCGCGUGCCCUUCCUGGUGGCCGAGACGCCCCCCCGGCCCCGCCACACCCUAGACGAGCUCAACCCCCAGAAGUCCAAGCACCAGGGCGUGCGCAGGGCCAAGUGGCACCUGGGCAUCCGCAGCCAGAGCCGGCCCAACGACAUCAUGUCCGAGGUGUGCCGGGCCAUGAAGCAGCUGGGCUACGAGUGGAAGUACUCUCUCACUCUCGCACACACUCCCAUUAUCCAGGUUGUGAAUCCGUACUACCUGCGAGUACGGAGGAAGAACCCUGUGACCAGCAUGCAGACCAAGAUGAGCCUGCAGCUCUAUCAGGUUGACAGCAGGACCUACCUCCUAGACUUUCGUAGCAUAGACGAUGACAUGGUAGAGGCCAAAUCUGGGACUGCCACCCCCCGCCGGUCGGGCUCCGUGGGGAGCUACCGAGCCUUUCUGAAGAGCGAGGGGGAGGGCGCCGAGGCCAAGGCUGAGGCGCCCGUCAAGGGGUCAGACGCCUCCUUGGCGUCUUCGCUGACGUCCUCCGUUGACUCGACCGGCGGAGACUCCUUCCCUAGACCAGGAAGCCACACAAUAGAGUUCUUCGAGAUGUGUGCAAACCUCAUCAAACUACUUGCACGAUAAUUUUCAGCAUUAGCCUUUUGAGUGUCUAUAGCAAUAAGCAUGCAAUCGAUUCAUGGCUCAAUUCAUCCCAUCUUGGAUGAGCUAGUUCCAUGGCACUGAUGCAGUCUCGCUCCCUGCGAUUUGGGCGAACUCUGGUUGGGAAGGUCUCUCGAUUGAUAAUUGCUAAGUCACUUUAUAGUAAGUAGAAUAUUUUUAGUUAUUUUACAUACUUCUAUAUCUGAAAGUCCCCAGGACGCAUUUAAUCAUCCUACGUAUUUGUCAUCAGAGUUUUACACUGAAUUUGCUGUACUGUAUUCAGUGAUGUUUCAUCCUUGUCUUGUCGAGAAAACAAAGCAAAUUUUACCUGCAUGCGUUAUGGAAGUGGAGGCAGGAAGCACUUUUGCACAGUUUUCUUGUACGUGCUGCUCUGAUUUUAAAUUCUGAUGAUCUGAGUACCAUUGCAGAGCUUGUCUGUGGGGGAAUGCAGAUAUGAUCAUCAUACCAAGGAAGUACACUGCUCUUGUACGUUUCUCCAGGAAGUGUUGCAUUUUCAUUUUGUGUGAAUAUGAAUCAUUUUAAAGAUUAACUGUCCAAGGCUUUUCCAAUUUGUAACAUGUUUAUUUACAAUUCAUUGUCCCGAUGCGUUUUAUAUAUAAAGAAUAAAUAUUUGAAUCUGGAUAUAUUUAUCAAUGCUUUAAAGGGGAUCCUAGAUGAUAUUCUAUAAAUGUGGACUUUUUUUUGCCAAUUUGUUAUAUUGCUGGAUGACAUUUUAUUCUUGACAAUGUUUCUGGAAUCAUAAGUACUUUUUGAUUUUAAUUGCACAAUUAUUGUGGUACACUUGAUUGUUCCAAUGUCUUCAUUAUUGAAAAGCUGCCUCAAUGUGAGUGAAGAUAUAGAAAUAUUCUGAAGCAAAAUUCUAGAAGAAAUUAUAAAAUUGUAACCAAAAUAGGAGAUUUACGAAGCAGCUUGACCUAUCAGUUCACAGAUCUGGUCCUCAAGGGAUGGCGUGGACUAUAAAUGAUUGUCUUAAUGAAACGCAUUUAACAAACCAUUCAAGUUAUUCUGAAAUCGUGCUGGGAAACCUGCUGUACUGUGGUUCUGUGGCAGAAAAUGUGUUUCUUAAACGGGGUUUCAUAAUUGGCUUCCCCAAGUUUAAUUUUCUAAUGUUCUGGGGAUUCAGUGUUCUAUCAGUAUUACAAAACGUGUAUUUCCCGCUUCAACUCACUUUGAUGUUGAGUAGAAAUAGUUUGUGUAUUUGGGCCUUAGAUGAUUUCACAGGCAACCAAAUUCAAAUGUCUGUUUAUGAAACCUAUUAUUAUUAAGUGAGAUUGCAUAAUGAAGAGAGAUGGUGUGUAUAUAUAGAUAUUGGCAAGUUUUUUUUAUUUUUUAUUAUUGGAAUUGGGGGGGACGGGGAAGAUUGAAAUGAGGAAUGCUGGUUUAUUUGCCUGGACCAUAGAAUAACUUUGUUUGAUGUCUUUGCCAGUGGACUAGCAAGACACACCAGAUGUUAAGAGGGAAUAUUAUGGACUGCAGUUGUGAGAAAUGGGUGCUGUGCACAAAAUUUCAGUUUUCAUUUGAUUCAGCAUCUCAAAUUUUAUAUUGUAACAGUCCAUGCCUUUUGUGCAUGUUUUUUUUUAUAUUCUUGAAAACUGAUUUGUCCAUUUGUAAACAAAGGCCCCUAUUAAGUCUAUCCACAAUCCUUUCUGUCUUUAACUUUGAAUAGGGAAUGUAAGGAAAUGUCACUUUUUUGAAAUCAUAGCCAGAGUCCUGUCUCAUCGGGCUGUUGCUCAUAUGCGUAAGAGUUGAAGAAAUGUAGCACUUGCAUUAUGUUGGGAGUCAAAGUUGAGGACAAAGCAUAAUAUGCAUAUGCACAUUGUGGUGCAAGUAGAUAUUCAUGUGAGCUAAACUGCCUGAAACGGGUAAAAUUGAUUAAAUCCAUUAGUUAUAUUUUCAAGUGAUGCAUUUACAUUCACAUGUUGCCCAAGUCAUGCCAUCUUAAAUGAUACAUUAAUCUUAACACAACUCAAGUCUGCACUGGAUGACCAUUUAUUAAGACUUAAAAAGCCACCGUCAAUAUUUCAGCUGCCUUACCAAUAUUACCUUUUCUUUUUCUUUUCUUAUUUUAAGCAAUGGAAAGAGAUUCCAGCUUUGUGUAGGCCUGGUAUUGUGGACGUAUUCUUGUCCAGGUUAUGCCAUACCUGUUAUCAAAUUAUCCGUUUAUUUGUUACAGUAGUCGCAGUGGAAGAUCUGCUGUAUUUAGCAGCAAUUUUGUCAUGUUUCAAAUGAGGAAAUUGUUUGUGGUCUUUGUUCUGAUCUAAGGAUUUUAAGAACAAUUUGUUUCCUUAGUUAUUGAAUUAUCUGGGUUCUAAAUCUGCCUCAGUAAAUUCAGUUUUCCUUUAGAUGGUGCAUUUUAAACUUUUCACUUGGUAUGCCAGUAUCAUAUGAUUAGUGCACAUACAAAGGGGAUCAGUCAUAGAAUCAUUUGCCUCGCUGUCUAAACUUAUUUUUUUCCUUUUGUAAUGGGAACCUACUUGACUGACUAAUGUAUAUUUGAAAUCAUAUGUACACAGAAAUGCCUAAUAAACAGCUACAUUGCACAAACCUC